AUGUCUAAAGGCCGGUUCGAAACCUUAGAUGAAAAAUAUGAUGCUGUCAAGCACAGAGAUCCAAGAGCAGAAGGUCUUUUUGUCUACGCCGUCAGAACCACAGGGAUUGUGUGUCGACCAACAUGCUCUGCAAAGAUCGCCAUGCAGAAAAAUGUGGAGUUCUUUACUACAACACGAGAGGCAUUAGAAGCCGGGUUUCGUCCUUGCAAAAAAUGCAAACCGCACAUUGAACAAAAAUGGAACAAGCACCGCGAAUUAGUAUUGGGGUUGAUAACCGUGAUCCAUGCAAUGGUUUCCGAAGGAAAGAGUGCAAGGGAAUUUAAGUUGGCUGACGUUUCGAAAAAGUUGGACGUUUCCAAAUGGCAGCUGAUAAAGGUGUUUAAAAGGUACACAGGAACUACGCCAGUGAAGUAUUAUGAAGAUCACCUAAGUGGGAAACACAUUAUUUGUGAUAGUAUGAUACCGACUAUUGAAACAAAAAGAAGCUGGCUUAGGUCACAGACUGCUGGAAAGAGUAGUGAGAAGGCGUCGGAUUGGGAGACGUAUGCUAAUCCUAGCAAUACGCUCGACCAGGAUUGGCUGGCAGAAUUUUUGUGA